GCAGGGCCGCUGGUUCCCCCUCGUCUGUGCAAGUGGCAGUGUGACUUCUCUUCUUCUUCUUCUUCUCUUCUCUCCCCCUCCCUUCCCCAACCCUCCCUCUCCCCCCCCCCCCACAUCACCCCACCCCAGUCCCAGUACAAUUUGCUAAACAGGAGCAUGGAUCAGACCGCUGACAGCCGAGCCGCCUCCUCCUCCUCCACGCCUUACAGCUCCGAGCACAUCGCUAAUGUCCCCACGCUUUCGCCCUACUCCCAGCCCAGCUCCACCUUUGACACCAUGUCCCCGGCACCCAUCAUCCCCUCCAACACCGACUACCCGGGGCCCCAUCACUUCGAGGUCACCUUCCAGCAAUCCAGCACGGCCAAGUCGGCCACCUGGACGUAUUCGCCUCUGCUGAAGAAACUCUACUGUCAAAUUGCAAAGACGUGUCCGAUCCAGAUUAAAGUCUCCACGCCUCCCCCACCCGGGACGGUCAUCCGAGCCAUGCCGGUAUACAAGAAGGCCGAACACGUAACCGAAGUGGUCAAGCGGUGCCCGAAUCACGAGCUCGGACGCGAUUUCAACGACGGCCUCUCGGCGCCCGCCAGCCAUUUGAUCCGCGUGGAAGGCAAUAACCUCUCCCAGUAUGUCGAUGACCCGGUGACGGGAAGGCAGAGCGUCAUGGUCCCUUACGAGUCCCCCCAGGUGGGCACCGAAUUCACCACCAUCCUGUACAACUUCAUGUGUAACAGCAGCUGUGUGGGAGGCAUGAACCGGAGACCGAUUUUAAUCAUCAUCACGCUGGAGACGAGAGACGGACAAGUCUUGGGCCGCCGAUCGUUCGAAGGCCGGAUCUGUGCCUGUCCCGGACGAGACCGGAAAGCCGACGAAGAUCACUUCCGAGAACAGCAAGCUUUGAACGAAAACGCCGCCAAGAACGGAAACCCCAAUAAGAGGACUUUCAAACAGAACCCGCAAAGCAUCCCAGCAUUGGGGGCCGGGGUUAAGAAACGGAGGCACGGCGAGGAGGAAACGUAUUACGUGCCUGUUCGAGGUCGGGAAAACUUUGAGAUGCUGAUGAAGAUCAAAGAAAGUUUGGAGCUGGUCGAGCUGGUUCCCCAGCAGUUGGUCGACUCUUACCGACAGCAGCAACAGCAGUUUCUGCAACGACAGACGCACCUCCAUUCUCCAUCGUCCUACGGCCCGGUUUUGUCCCCCGUGAAUAAGCUUCAUUUAGGAGGCAUCAACAAGCUACCCUCCGUGAACCAGCUGGUGGGACAGCCCCUUCAGCAGGGGCCUGGCGCGGGGCCAAACCUGGGGCCCAUGGGCCCGACAAUGCUCAACAAUCACGCCAUGCAGCCCAACGGCGAAAUGAACGGGGCUCACUCCUCACAGCCCAUGGUGUCCAGCUCGCACUGCACUCCGCCCCCACCCUACAACCCGGACCCCAGCCUCGUCAGUUUUCUAACCGGAUUGGGUUGCUCGAACUGCAUUGACUAUUUCACUUCGCAAGGCUUACAGACUCUUUAUCACCUGCAGAAUUUGACCUUGGAGGAUCUGGCGGCCCUGAAGAUCCCGGAGCAAUACCGCAUGGUCAUCUGGAGGGGCCUCCAAGAUUUGAAGCAGAACCACGAUUACGGCGGGCAGCAGCUCCUCCGUUCCAGCGGCAACGCCGCCACCAUUUCCAUCGGGACUUCCGGAGAGCUGCAACGGCAGCGCGUCAUGGAAGCCGUGCAUUUCCGAGUCCGCCACACCAUCACCAUCCCGAACCGGAGCGGAUCCGACGAAUGGGCGGACUUUGGCUUCGACCUGCCGGAUUGCAAAUCCCGCAAACAGUCCAUCAAAGAGGAGUUUCUCGAGGGAGAAAUCAACUGAAGGGGACUUGUGGGGGGGGAGAAGGUCAGGGGCAAGCCAGCCGGCCCUGCGGCCCUGUAGAUUUUGGCACCAGACUGAAGCCACAGAAAAAUAUUAAAAGUAUUUCGGCGAGGUUGUGGCGGUGUCCACUCUCGUACGUUUGUCUACUACGACCUUGUCGCGCAACCCCUCAGAAGGAAAGAGUUCGACCGGCAGACUCAGAAAAUCGUUAAAAACGUUACAUGUCACUUUCGGACGACGUCGUGGUGCAAAAACGCAAAGGAAGAAGGAAAGCGACGUGUUCCGGCAGACUCAGAAAAUCGAUGAAAACUUCCCUCCGAAUUUGCUGAACAUCCAGGUAUCAAUUUUGCGUCUGCAAGGAGAGAGGAGCUGGCUGGUUUUGUUCCUGAACGAUCCUCAACUUUUCCUCCAACGACGGCCAUGGUUUCUUCUGAAAAAAUGGGUCUGUGGUUCCUCAAUCCCCCAUUUUUGGUUGAAAAGGAUCUAGAAACAAGGGGUACCGCCUCCGCCGACCCCCAUCCCUUCCCGUAACGGACUGCCAAAAAGUAUUUGUUUUUCUACAGUGCUACGUAGACUGAAAACAACAACAACAACAACAAACUGUUUAUAAGUCAGUCAACAAAGCUAAGUGACGUUUUGUAUUAGUUAGGUUCACCCUUUGCUCUGCCCGAGCAGACAUACGCUGUACAUAACUGUAUUUAAUCACUGUUGUAAGGUUUAUGUAAGCUAUUUUAAGAUGGACGUGGCUUUGUCUAUCACCAAGAUUUGACCAUUUGGGGUCUAAUUCCAAGGGUCUCCUAACUUGGCAACUUUUAAGACUUGUGGACUUCGACUCCCAGAAUUCCCCAGCCAGCAGCAAAUGGCUGGUUAGGGAAUUCUAUGGGUUGAAGCUCACAAAACGUGGCAACUUUUAAGACUUGUGGACUUCAACUCCCAGAACUCCCCAGCCAGCAGCAAAUGGGGGAAUUCUGGGAACUGAAAUUCACAAAACUUCAUAAUUUGUGGACUUCAACUCCCAGAACUCCCCAGCCAGCAGCAAAUGGGGGAAUUCUGGGAACUGAAAUUCACAAAACUUCAUAAUUUGUGGACUUCAACUCCCAGAACUCCCCAGCCAGCAGCAAAUGGGGGAAUUCUGGGAACUGAAAUUCACAAAACUUCACAAUUUGUGGACUUCAGCUUCCAGAAUUCCCCAGCCAGCAGCAAAUGGCUGGCUAGGGAAUUCUGGCAGUUGAAGUCCACGAAUCUUAAAAGUUGCCAAGUUUGGAGAAAAAGACAAAGAAAAAAAGCCUUAUUUGUACAGUCAAAGGGAUUAAAAUUCGCAGAUGAUUUCGGCUUGGGGAAUCCAUUCCUAAACUGAACGUCCCGAUCUUCAUAAAGAAAUGGAUUUUUUAAAAUUA